GUUUAUAUUCCACUUCCUCGGAUGAUUCGGCCAUAUCAAAAUCCCGUGCCCCCUUUCGAAUGCCCAGAAAUAGUGCCGAUGACUCCUCUCAGAAAGCUGGAAAGAACAGCGCCAAUUCGGGUGCGGCUCUGUCGUGGAACAAACUGGGUCUGCUCACGGAGAUUUGCUCUUGCUUGCAAGACGAGCUGAAGCUUCCCACGCCAACCAUGGUCCAAUCCUUGGUCAUCCCGCAAUUGCUUGGAACGGAAAAAGAAUCCAUAGCGUUUUUAGCUGCCACUGGGUAAGUUCAGUACCAAGAGAUACCAAAUACAUUUGGUUACAACAUCGUCUUAUAAUUACUCGGUGUCUUAGCCUCAACAAUCGAGAUGGUGGAACCGUUUUCCAUGAGAACAUGCUCUCAUAUAUUGUAUAACGAUGGACACCAAAAUAUGCGGUUUGUCUCUUCAUUCAUCAUCAUGCUUUACUAAUUUCCAAAAAUCUAGAUCGGGGAAAACCCUGUCCUAUGUGCUUCCACUUGUACAGCAGCUCAAAGAACAAGAAAUGUUCGAAGACUACGAGCGUCGACCAAAGCGGCCGAGAGUUUUGAUUCUCGCUCCCACUAGAGAACUGGCAUUGCAAAUUACCGCGGUCGUCAAAUCUCUCUCGCACGCGGUGAAAUUGAGUACGCAGGCGUUAGUAGGAGGUGUAAAUAAGGGUUCGCAGCGAAAAGCAAUGGAAAACCGGCCGGUAGAUAUUGUAGUGGCUACCCCAGGACGCCUUCUGCAGCAAUGGAAGGACGGAAACCUUUUCUUGGGAAGCGUGCAGACUGUUGUUGUAGAUGAAAUGGAUACGAUGCUAGAACAGGGAUUCCAACGAGAACUGAGAGACAUAAUGUACCCACUUUUAUAUGCCGCGAGUCCAAAAGAAGUUGACAUUGCAGCGGAGAAAGAUGGGUGGGGAGGCACCAGACCUGUCAAGAAAAAGGCUGGCAAAGUAGUCCCAAAUGAUAACUUUUCAAAUCUACCACUAAAGGAGAAUGCCCCUCAAAUUGUAAUGACGUCGGCAACAAUGACACAAAGUAUUCAACGACUUUUGGGAGAAAAUCCGAAAACAUCGAAGUUGGCUGUUACUGCCAAAAGGCUUCAUGGAAGUCAUCCUGCCGCUAAUGCUGACGAAAAAGAUUCUGGGGCCAAUGCGAAAUUGAAAUUUCCACCCAUGAAAAUUGUUUCUACACCCGGACUGCACAAGGCCAUUCCACGACUCGAGCAGAUAUUCGUAGAUGUUGGACAAACUGAUAAGGUCAGUCUGCUUCUUGAUGUAAUUGCUUCUCAAAGGGCCAGGGCAACAAUCAUUUUCUGCAACACGGCAUCUUCGGUUCGCGCCGUUCAGUAUGCGCUGGCAGAAGCACGCAUGGAAUCUCUUGCGUACCAUGGGGAACUCAACAGUGCGGUCAGAACGGAAAAUCUGAAGAAGUUUCGAGAGAUAGCAAGCGACAAAUCAAUGGAAACUGAUAACUUCGACAACAACAAGAUUUUGGUAUGCACAGAUAUUGGAGCCAGGGGUUUGGACAUUCCACAAGUCGAUAGCGUGGUUAUGUUUGAUUUCCCACUCAAUGCAAUGGAUUAUUUGCAUCGAAGUGGACGCACAGCUCGAGGAGCAGGCAAGGGAAAGGUUACCGCUCUCGUUGCAAAACGCGAUAAAGUAUUGGCAACAGCAAUUCAACAAGCGGUUCUUCGCGGAGAGACACUUGAUGGGCUCUCCUCGCGAAAGUCUGACUACAGGCCUGGAGCACGUUUUGGUGUAAAACCCAAAAAGAAGAAAGCCGCUAGAUCAAACAGGCGAGGGUCGCCACCACGAGGGACUCGCCGAUGAAUAAAAAUAUAAUUACUAGAUGAAU